CGCGUCGACCUGAAGGUGAUGAUGCUGGGGGCGUUCAACGUCCUAGUGUGUGAUCAGAACUGCAACAUGGCUGACAUCAAGAUACAAGGUUUCAAUGGAUCCCUCCUGAUGCAAGGGCCUCAAACCCACAUCUCUGCCCGCCUUCGGGAUUUCAUCGUCAUUAAUGUUGCCAAAAGUAUUCACAAAAAGGCCAUCUCUAUCGUAGGAGACGAGGUGUUUAGUUUCAGUAUGAGUCUGACCCCCAAGGCCACAGAGGGAGCCGGCUACGCAGACACCUCCAAGACAGACGGGAAGGUCCAGCUCAACGUGGGCUGUGUCCAAGUCGUCUACCUCCACAAGUUUGUCAUGUCUUUGCUGAAUUUCAGCAACAACUUCCAGACGGCCAAAGAGGCGUUGAGUGUGGCCACGGCCCAGGCAGCAGAGAAGGCGGCCUCCAGCAUCAGGGACUUUGCCCAGAAGAGCUUCCGUCUCUCCAUGGACGUCAGGCUGAGCCCUCUCAUCAUCAUCCCUCAGUCCUCCACCUCACAGAAUGCACUGGAGGUGGACCUGGGGCUCAUCACCGUGGGCAACAGCUUCUCUCUUCUUGCCGUGGAGGGAUGUCCACUUCCUGCUGUCAUUGACCACAUGGAUGUACAGCUCACACAGCUCAAACUGUCCAGGAUUUACAUGGAAAAAGACUCUCAGCCCAGUACUGAGCUGCUGGAGCCUGUCAACCUGCUCCUAACAGUGAAGAGGAACCUGGCUGCAGCAUGGUACCAGAAGAUGGCCGCCGUAGAGGUAGAGGGAGACCUCAAGCCCAUGAAGGUUGCCCUGAGUCAGGACGACCUAACAGUUCUGUUGAGGAUCCUGAUGGAGAACAUUGGAGAAGCCAGCGGUCUGCCGCCAGACCAACACACCAGCCCCGACGCGACAGCCCUGACACACAAGACCACGCCGAUGCUCAAAACAGACUACGCCAAAGACGGUGUAGAGAACACGGUUGAACUUCCAGAACGACAGGAAGAAGAGGAACCCCUGGAAACCAUGACGUUUAUCUUCAACAUAGAGUCCCUGGGACUGGUCCUGUACAGCAAUGACCCAAAACAGGUAACGGCUGUGUCUCAACACCAGGAGAGGCUGUGUCUGGGGGAGUUGACCUUUCACCUGAUGAAGGCUUCAGGGAAGAUGUUUAAUAACGGGUCCAUGGAGGUCUCUACCAUCCUCACAGCCUGCACCCUGGACGACAUGAGGACAGGCGUACAGAGAGUUACCUCACGGAUGCUGGGUAAGCGUGACGAGGCGAGCGAGGAAGCCAUGAUAGACGUGGCGUACACGCAGAGCGCCGGCGAGCGCCAGGUGGUGGCGGUGGUACAGAAGCUCUAUCUGUGCGCCAGCGUCGAGUUUCUCAUGGCAGUGGCAGACUUCUUCAUCCAGGCCCUGCCCCAGAGCUCUGCCCAGGACGUGCCCACUAACACCAAGCUCGCCCUGCCAGGCCUGGCCAAGACCUCCCAGCUACCCCAGCUUCGGGAUAGAGCCAACACUGACCCCAGAACAGGCUCCAGUCCCAGGACCAAGCUGCGUGCGGUCAUACUAGACCCAGAGGUGGUGUUUGUGGCUAACCUGAUGAGAGCUGACGCUCCGGCGCUGGUUGCCUCCUUCCAAUGUGACUUCAGUCUGAUGCUAGAGCCUGGGGAGGCCCUGGGGCCCAGGGCCCCUGGGAGACAAAGCAUGACGGCCAACCUCAGAGAGCUCAAAGUUCUGGCCUGUCCCUUCAUCAGGACCAAUGAGACCAAGGUGGUCACUACGGUGCUACGUCCGUGUUCUGUCUUCCUGGAAACCAAAACCCACCCCAACCAACCCGUUUCCGGCUGUGUGACUGUGGAGGAAGUCAUUAUCAAAAUCUCCCCUGUCAUCCUGAACACAGUGAUGACCAUCACGGCAGCCAUGACGGCGAAACCCAAAGACGAGGCAGCAGAGGAGGAGAAGACCGAGGUCGGCAACCUGUGGUCCACCAUGAACAUCUACGCCUGCAACUACUGGUUCCUGGGAGUGGACUCUGCCAGCGAGGUGACGGAGAGUUUCAGUGACCAGGACGGCCGUAACUUUGGGGAGAGUUUCAAGGUGGAUGUGAAGGUUAUUCAGGUGACCAUGGAGUCUGGUCUGGGCCACAGGACGGUCCCCCUGCUGCUGGCUGAGAGCUCUCUGUCUGGGACGGCCAAGAACUGGUCCUCCCUCCUCUACCUCUGCUCUGACAUGACCCUGGAGGUGAACUACUUCAAUGAGACCCAUGCUGUCUGGGAACCGCUGAUAGAGAGAGUGGAGGACGGAAAACGCAGGUGGAACCUCAAGCUAGAGAUGAAGAACAACCCCGUGCAGGAUAAGAGCCCUGUUCCCGGGGAUGACUUCGUGGUUCUCCCCGAGCCACGCACCGCCAUCAACAUCUGUUCCAAAGAUACCAUGAACAUUACCGUCUCCAAGUGCUGCCUCAAUGUGUUAACCAACCUGGCCAAGGCAUUCUCUGAGGGCACAGCCUCUACCUUUGACCACAGUCUGAAGGAGAAAGCCCCCUUCACCAUCCGUAAUGCGCUGGGCAUCCCUCUCACCGUGCAGCACAGUGCCAGCCUGCGGGUGGUGGCCUCCCCCGGGCAGGGCAAGCUCCACGAGGUGGGGGUAGGGCAGAGCGUGGACCUGGAGUACUCUGGGUCGGGCACCUCGACACGGGGCAAACUGUCUGCUUUGCAACGGCAGGAGAGCUGCCUCUUCAACCUCAGCAUCGCUCCGACAGGUUACAGUGAGAUCUCCAACAUGACGGUGGAUCAGCCGGGCAGGAGGCUGUAUAACGUGAGAGAUCCCCUGCUGCAGGAGAACGUGUCUGUCUUGGUACAGACUGACGCCUCGGAAGGAAACAAGGUCAUCACCGUCCGUUCUCCGCUACAGAUCCAGAACCAUUUCUCAGUGCCGUUUACCAUCCUGAAGUAUUGUCCCAAAUCCAGAGGGAUGGUUAACAUAGGACUGGCAGAGCCCGAGAAAGAGUCUGAUGUAGCCCUGGACUCCUACAGGUGUCAGCUCUUCCUCCAGCCAGCCGGGCGCCUGGAGGGCCAGUGCCCGUCGUCUACCUGUAUCGCCUGGAAGGAGCAGGUCCACCUGAGCUCUGAGGUGCGGUCCCUUCUCCAGUGUCCGUCGGCAGACAGCAGCUUCCUGCCCUAGGUGACCACCUUGGCCACACCAGAUCACCUGUCCUUCAUUUCCUCCCAGCGUGAGGACGACUGGGACCCUGCCUACGUCAUCCACCUCCACCCAGCUGUGACCCUCCGGAACCUUCUGCCUUACAGCAUCAGAUAUCUACUGGAGGGCUCAGCAGAGUUCCAUGAGCUCCAGGAGGGCAGCACGGCAGACGUCCUGAACGCCCGUAUAGGAGGUGAGAUCAUGGAGAUGGUCCUGGUUAAAUACCAGGGUCGGAACUGGUCCGGACGUAUCCGUAUCGCCCAGGACAUGCAGGAGUUCUUCCUGUGCUUCACCUGCGACUCGGCCCAGGAGCUGAGCGUGGACCUGAGCGUGCACGUGGCGCGGCUGCAUGGACGUCUGACGCUGGCCGUGUUCAGCCCGUACUGGAUCGUCAAUAAGACGUCCAGGGUUCUGCAGUACCGCGCGGAGGACGUCUCCGUCAAACACGCGUCGGACUUCAGGGACGUCGUCCUCUUCUCCUUCAAGAAAAAGAACAUCUUCAGCAAGAACAAGCUGCAGCUCUGUGUGUCCACCAGUUCCUGGUCUGAUGGCUUCUCAUUGGAUACGGUGGGGAGUUAUGGGUGUGUCAGAUGCCCUGCCAACACCAUGGACUAUCUGGUUGGCGUCAGCAUUCAGAUGAGUAGUUUCAACCUGACCAAGAUGGUGACCAUGAGUCCGUUCUUCACGCUGGUCAACAAGUCUUCCUACGAGCUGGAGGUGGGAGAGGUGCAGACAGAGGAGGGCAGCGUCAACGGGAAGUGGCACUACAUCUCCUCUACAGAGUGCCUCCCCCUCUGGCCAGAGUUGAUCACAGGGAAGCUGUGUGUCAGGGUCGUGGGCUCAGACUCCAAGUCCAAGUCCUUCUUCUUCAACAAACAGGACAACGGCACCCUGCUGGGCAUGGAUCAGUAUGGAGGUGUGAUCGUCGACGUGAACAUCUCAGACAACUCUACUGUGAUCAGCUUCACUGACUAUUAUGAUGGAGCUGCUCCAGCUCUCCUAGUCAACCACACACCCUGGGUUACCAUCACCUACAGACAGAGUGGUUCCACAGAGAGCAGAGCGCUGAAUCCAGGAGAAGCCCAGAGGUUUGCCUGGGACAACCCUGCAGGGGUCCGCAAACUCAGCUGGAAGUGUCAGGAGCACAGCAGUGGAGACCUGGACCUGGUUAAGGAUGAGUGUGGUCAGUUUGCGUACGACGGUCUAUCCCAGGUCCACUGGGUGUCCUUCCUGGAUGGUCGCCAGCGCGUGCUGCUCUUCACCGAGGACGUUGCCGUGGUGACCAAGGCGCGACAGGCGGAGGAGCUGGAGCAGUUCCAACAGGAAGUGAACGUGUCGCUGCAGAACCUUGGCCUGUCACUCGUCAACAACGACAACCGCCAGGAGAUCGCAUAUGUCGGCAUCACCAGCUCUGGUGUGGUGUGGGAGAUGAGACCUAAGAGCCGAUGGAAGCCUUUCAACCAGAGGAACAUCAGGCUGUUGGAGAAGGCCUACCAGAAACACCUGGCUGGAGGCACACCUGAACCCGGCUGGGUCAAACUGGAGACCAACUUAGAGGUGAACUUUGGGAAGGUUCCCAUGGUGAUGCGUCAGCCCUUUUCCAGUACUAUCAGGAGGAACUUCCUGUCUGGGAUUCAGGUGGAGUUCAAACAGUCGCCUCAUCAGAGAAGUCUCCGGGCCCAGCUACACUGGCUACAGGUAACACCCUACACCCUAACGUACUUCAUGGUUCUGGUCCAGGAGAUGGCUGUGAAGAUUGACCAGGGAUUCCUGGGAGCCAUCUUGGCCCUGUUCACCCCAGCUGCCGAAUCGCAUGUGGACAAACAGAAGACCAAGCUGAUAGAGAAGGACUUGGCGAUGUUACAGGCUGAAUUGAUGGAGGCGUCCAUGACCGACAACUCAGGCCUCAGCUUCUUUGAAUACUUCCACAUCUCCCCAUCAAAGCUACACCUCAGUCUGUCUCUGGGCUCUAGUGGAGACGAGUCUGGUCAACAGGAGAUGAUGGCCAUCCAGUCAGUCAACCUUCUGUUGAAGAGUCUUGGAGCGACACUGACCGACGUAGAUGACCUCAUCUUCAAACUUGCCUACUAUGAGGUGAACUACCAGUUCUACAGGACAGAGAAGCUGAUGUGGGCUGUGGUUAGACAUUACAGUGAGCAGUUCCUGAAACAGAUGUAUGUGUUGGUGCUGGGCCUGGAUGUCCUGGGGAACCCGUUCGGCCUGAUCAGAGGCCUGUCUGAAGGAGUGGAGGCCUUCUUCUACGAGCCCUUCCAGGUGACUGUCACCAUCCUCCAGCUGUUCUCCUAGGACCACUUCCUGACG